AUGGACAGAGGUGACAAAAAUCAUCCAGAACCAGAGCCACAGCAGAAGCGAGAUGAACACCAGCGGGUAGUCCUUGAGCAAGCGGCGGAGGCUUGCGGCGUCCCUAGUGCGCGAAAACACACGCCAUUCGCUGUUGAAGUUGCGUAUCUCGGUGGCCAGGUCGUCAAGCGUGUAGAACCGCGCACACUCGAGAAUCAGAAACAUAGAGCUCAGAGACAGAAUGAACAUGUGUCCGGACGGGUCGUGGCCGCCUGUCCACCGGCCCUUGAUGGCUCGGCACUGCGACGAGGUCAGCGAGCUGGAAUAAUAGAGAUCAAGGCUGGAGGAGUCCAUGAGUCUGAAUUUCUGCGGGUCGGUGGCCCGUGCCUGCGGAAUAUUAUCGCACGAGCCGCCAGUCAGAAUGAAGAUCUUGUCCAUGAUAGGCAGGCCAAAAAACCACUGCGAAUAGAAGAACCAGCAGAGAGUCACGCAUGCAAACUGUUUGAGGGAGCCAGCCAGCGAGUCCGCACUAAAAUAGCGCGACGUGCUGGGCACUCUGAGCAGCAGCAGAAUGUACACAGUAGACGUCCAGAGCCACCCCUUCUUGACGAAAAGGACGUUGAAGAUGUUUCUUUUCGAGGUGAAGUAGUUGUUCGUCGUUUCCCGGGGAGAAGCAAGCCAGACCAGUUGGCCGAGUAG